GAUGCCCCUGCGCUAAGAAAAUGCCACCCUCCUGGUUACCUCACGAUUUCCCAGCGAGAGCAGGGCCCCUGGUUCCCCCUUCUCUCUCUCUCCUCAAGGGCAGGGAUUCUUGGUACCCAUCCCACCGUCUCCCAACGACUAUUUAAUUCCUUCAGCCACAGGACUAUCUAAUGAAGGCACUGGACACGGACACCUCGGUAGUGCCACUCAGUCCUGUCCAGCCCUCUGGAGGGAGCUCGCCACUCGGAGCCGAGCCCCACUCCAGGGACGCAGUAGGAUUGGCCUCUGCAGCUGCCUGUCCAGCGGAUGUUCGGUGGCUCCCGGCAGCAGGUGUCUAGUUCGCAGCCAGUAUUGUAGCAGCGGUUGGCACAGACGCUGGAGCAGGAGUAGGAGCUGAUACAGGACCAGCAGCAGGCAUAAGGAAUUAAAGACAAUUGCUGUCUCUGUCAGAAGAUGGAAAACAGCAUAACCAGAAUUUCUCGUGAAGAGCUGGAAGAACUCAGAGAAGCAUUCAGUAAAAUAGAUAUUGACAAUAGUGGGUAUGUCAGUGAUUAUGAGCUUCAAGAUCUUUUUAAAGAAGCAAGCCUUCCCUUGCCUGGCUACAAAGUGCGAGAGAUUGUAGAAAAAAUUAUAGCAGUAACAGAUAGCAACAAAGAUGGGAAAAUCGACUUUGAAGAAUUUGUAUCGGUUAUUCAUGAGUUGAAAAGUAAAGAUAUUAGCAAAUCAUUCCGAAAAUCAAUAAACAAAAAACAGGGUAUUACAGCGAUUGGAGGAACUUCACCAAUUUCCAGUCAGGGGACACAGCACUCUUAUUCAGAGGAAGAAAAAGUUGCUUUUGUUCACUGGGUAAAUAAAACUCUUAAAGAUGACCCUGAUUGUAAGCAUCUCCUUCCCAUGAAUCCAUCAGAUGCCAGUCUUUUUAAGUCACUUGCAGAUGGCAUCCUCCUUUGCAAAAUGAUUAAUUUAUCCCAACCAGAUACAAUUGAUGAAAGAGCUAUUAAUAAGAAGAAGCUCACUCCUUUCACUAUUUCUGAAAACCUAAAUCUUGCCCUGAAUUCUGCAUCAGCUAUUGGCUGUACAGUGGUCAACAUUGGAUCACAAGAUCUAAAGGAAGGAAAACCACACUUGGUAUUAGGUCUCUUGUGGCAGAUCAUUAAAGUUGGUCUUUUUGCUGAUAUUGAGAUCUCCAGAAAUGAAGCUCUUAUUGCUCUGCUAAAUGAAGGGGAAGAACUAGAGCAGUUACUGAAACUUUCCCCAGAAGAGCUCUUGCUACGUUGGGUGAACUAUCAUCUGGCCAAUGCAGGAUGGCAGAAAAUCAACAACUUCAGUGAAGACAUUAAGGAUUCAAGAGCCUACUACCACCUGCUGAAUCAGAUUGCACUCAAAGGAGACAAAGAUGAUGAAAUUCCCAUUAACAUUGACCUUUCAGGAUUUAAUGAGAAAAAUGACUUGAAGAGGGCUGAAUAUAUGCUUCAGCAGGCAGACAAACUAGGCUGCAGACAGUUUGUUACUCCAGCUGAUGUAGUUGCAGGCAACCCUAAACUUAACUUGGCUUUUGUUGCAAAUCUCUUUAACACAUACCCAGCCCUGCACAAGCCUGACAGUUCCACGUAUGAUCUCAAUUUACUAGAAGGAGAAAGUAAGGAAGAGAGGACAUUCCGGAACUGGAUGAAUUCUCUGGGUGUAAACCCAUAUAUUAACCACUUGUACAGUGACCUUGCUGAUGCUUUAGUGAUCUUCCAGCUGUACGAAAUGAUUCGUGUGCCAGUAGAAUGGAACCAUGUUAACAAACCUCCGUAUCCUGCCCUUGGUGGUAACAUGAAAAAAAUUGAGAAUUGUAAUUAUGCAGUGGAAAUUGGGAAGACAAAGGCCAAAUUCUCCCUGGUUGGUAUUGCUGGACAGGACCUAAAUGAUGGCAAUGCAACUCUGACGUUGGCAUUGGUGUGGCAGCUGAUGAGAAGGUAUACUCUGAAUGUACUAUCAGACCUUGGAGAGGGGGAAAAAGUAAAUGAUGAAAUUAUUAUUAAAUGGGUGAAUCAAACUCUUGCAAAUGCAAACAAGAAAACCUCAAUUACCAGCUUCAAGGACAAAUCUAUUAGCACUAGUUUACCUGUACUAGAUUUAAUAGAUGCCAUUGCACCAAAAGCAAUUCGUCAAGAAAUGGUCAAGAGAGAAGAUCUUUCUGAACAAGACAAAUUGAAUAAUGCUAAAUAUGCCAUUUCAGUUGCUCGAAAAAUUGGUGCUCGUAUUUAUGCACUACCAGAUGAUCUAGUAGAAGUGAAGCCAAAAAUGGUUAUGACAGUGUUUGCAUGCUUGAUGGGAAGAGGACUGAACAAAAUAAAAUAAUUAAGACAUUUAAUAAAAGUUUCUGCCAUGUUAAACAUGAUAAAUGCCUCACAGUUUUCAAGAUUCUGAAGUUUAACGGAUAUAAAACCAGAGAUAAAUUUGUAUGCACAAGUAUGGAUAUAUAUAUUCAUUAAUUACAUUUUAAUAACUUGUUUAUACUAGUGAAGGUUUCAUUCAAACAAUUUCAUAUUACAUGAAUUAUUUAUGGAUUAAUAGUUCUAUCAGAAUAUGUUCAUUACCAAAUUACGGUUACAUUCUUGCAUUGCUUUUUAAAAAAUCUUGUAAAUCAAACCUAGUUCAUACUGUUUUCAUAGUUUGAAAGGAAUCAGCAGCUUUUAAAAUGUUCUUUCAGGAUCUGUUGUGAAAAUAUAUUUUGAUUUUUGUGGGUGUUGUUUACAUGUAGUCAUAACUGUGUGAAAGUCCAUUCAAACACUAUUAUAUUUUCCCCAAACUGAACAAAGAUCAGCAUCAUUGCCUUAUUCUCUGAAGGUCUGAUCCAAUUCCUGCUGAAGUCAAUGAGAGUCUUGCCAUUGACUUUAUUGGAGCUAGUUUGGAUCUGUGAUCACCAUAUUGUCUAGAGUUUAGUGUUAUGUUGUUGAAUCUUUCAUAUGGGAGUAAACACCUAAAUAUACCAGAUUGUUUUUUUACAAAACAACAAACUUUCAUCAAAGUGAAGAAUAACACUAAAUAGUAAGGCAAAUGUGUACCAUGGACAUUACUGGAAGAUAUGUGUCUAUAUUAACCCUUGCAGCUGGAGUAAAUAUCUGAACUUUCAUAAACUGUUGUAUCAGAAAGCAAUAAACAGAGCUGGCCAGUCCAGUCUGGGGACUCA